UUUUACUUUUUUUUUUUUUUUUUUGCGCCUGGCGAAUGGGCCGAUUUCGUCGUGUUGGGUUGGUCGUCCGCGUCUUUCUUUUCUCUCUCGAGUAUGUACAAUCCACCUACCCCCAUUUUCUGCAACAUGGUUGGAUCAAAUACGAAUCUUCGUGUUUCUCGAUCGGGUUUGUGUUUUUUUCUUUUCUUUUCGGUGCUCUUGUCUGCCUAUCCUAUCUGGGGAGGCUACUUCAGGUGAGGCCCGGAUUUGUGUUUCUGGUAGUAGUAGAAGGGAGGACUGCUGCUGCAAGGUUGAACCGUUCGGGUGGGUUAGGCGUUCAUGUCGGUUACUAUUUGGGAGUUGCAUCUAGGUAAGGCAGAAAAAGAAAGCAAGGUGAAGGCAAGGUGAAGGCAAGGUGAGAGAGAUGAGGUGAGGUGAGAAAUGAUCAAAAGUUUCCCCCCUCCUUCCCCUUAUUGGACAAUAGUCAUAGUCAAUAUUGGGGAAAAUAUUGAUGUGUAAUAUCGUGUCGCCUGAUCUGAUGAGCUACUGUAUAUCACAUGCAAGGCGCGGGAAGUCCCCAGGUUAGGUAGAUGAUAGUAUGUAAAAAAACGUAGGUCAGACAAAAAAGUAUGAUGCAUUUUUACGAAAUGCUAAUGAAGACGGGCCGUCUUUUUUAGACGUCGUCAUUAUGUUUCAGUCCUUUCGCCCAGUUUCAUGGUUAACACUUCGCUUCGGAAAGGGAUGAUCCGGACUUUUCACGCAUGAAAUAUCAAGCAUGAAGGAUAGAUAUAGGUGUGCACACUAGAUAAAAUGAAAUGGAAUAUAGGGGUUCGUGGCCUUUCAUCUGUUGCGUUGUAGCUAUCUGAACUGUUCUAUCCCAAGCGCGAGUCGGUAUAUACACCUCGAGGGAAAAUUACGUACCUAGUAUAUACGCAGACAAUAUCUAUGUAAGAUUCUUGGUCACGGGAAGGGAAAUUUGAUAAAGGUCCAAGGUCAUAACAUAUUU